CUUCAACGUCCGCAGACGCGGGGGGUGUCGGGUGUCUUCGGCGGCGCUUUGCGGCCAGUCGUGCGGGUCGGGCGCGGGCGGGCGGGCGCGGCGGCAGUGGCGCGCACAGGUGAUUGACUGGCCAGCUGCCUGAGGGAGCGCCUGGUCCUCACUGCUGGCAGGUGGCGGAGACCAUUUGGGCGGCGGCGGAGGAGGUGGCGGCGGCAGUGGCGGCCCGGCGCGGGAGGCGCUUCUCGGGCCAAGGCCAUGGCCCCGCGGUUGCAGCUGGAGAAGGCGGCCUGGCGCUGGGCGGAGACGGUGCGGCCCGAGGAGGUGUCGCAGGAGCACAUCGAGACAGCCUACCGCAUCUGGCUGGAACCUUGCAUCCGUGGCGUGUGCAGGCGAAACUGCAAAGGAAAUCCGAAUUGUUUGGUUGGGAUUGGUGAGCAUAUCUGGUUAGGAGAAAUAGAUGAAAAUAGUUUCCAUAACAUUGAUGACCCCAACUGUGAGAGGAGAAAAAAGAACUCAUUUGUGGGCCUGACUAACCUUGGAGCCACUUGUUAUGUCAACACAUUUCUUCAAGUGUGGUUUCUCAACCUGGAGCUUCGGCAGGCACUGUACUUAUGUCCAAGUACCUGUAAUGAGUACGUGAUGGGAGAUGGUAUCCACGAAGAGAAAGAUUAUGAGCCUAAAACAAUUUGUGAGCAUCUCCAGUACUUGUUUGCACUAUUGCAGAACAGUAAUAGACGAUACAUUGAUCCAUCAGGCUUUGUUAAAGCCUUGGGCUUGGACACUGGGCAACAGCAGGAUGCUCAAGAGUUUUCAAAGCUUUUUAUGUCUCUAUUGGAAGAUACUUUGUCUAAACAAAAGAAUCCAGAUGUGCGGAAUAUUGUCCAACAGCAGUUCUGUGGGGAAUAUGCUUAUGUAACUGUUUGCAAUCAGUGUGGCAGAGAGUCUAAGCUUUUAUCAAAGUUUUAUGAACUGGAGUUAAAUAUCCAAGGCCACAAACAGUUAACAGAUUGUAUCUCGGAAUUUUUGAAGGAAGAAAAAUUAGAAGGAGAUAAUCGAUACUUUUGUGAAAAUUGUCAAAGCAAACAGAAUGCAACAAGGAAGAUCCGACUCCUUAGCCUUCCUUGCACUCUGAACUUACAGCUAAUGCGUUUUGUCUUUGACAGGCAAACGGGACAUAAGAAAAAGCUGAAUACCUACAUUGGCUUCUCAGAAAUUUUGGAUAUGGAGCCUUAUGUGGAACAUAAAGGUGGGUCCUAUGUGUAUGAACUCAGCGCAGUCCUCAUACACAGGGGAGUGAGUGCUUACUCUGGCCACUACAUCGCCCAUGUGAAAGAUCCACAGUCUGGUGAAUGGUAUAAGUUUAACGACGAAGACAUAGAAAAGAUGGAGGGGAAGAAAUUGCAACUAGGGAUUGAGGAAGAUCUAGCAGAACCUUCUAAGUCCCAAACACGUAAACCCAAGUGUGGCAAAGGAACUCACUGCUCUCGAAAUGCGUACAUGUUGGUUUAUAGAUUGCAAACUCAAGAAAAGCCCAACACAACUGUUCAAGUUCCAGCCUUUCUUCAAGAGCUGGUAGAUCGGGAUAAUUCAAAAUUUGAGGAGUGGUGUAUUGAAAUGGCCGAGAUGCGUAAGCAAAGUGUGGAUAAAGGAAAAGCAAAACACGAAGAGGUUAAGGAGCUGUACCAAAGGUUACCUGCUGGAGCUGAGCCCUAUGAGUUUGUCUCUCUUGAAUGGCUGCAGAAGUGGUUGGAUGAAUCGACACCUACCAAGCCUAUUGAUAAUCACGCUUGCCUGUGUGCUCACGACAAGCUUCAUCCAGAUAAAAUAUCAAUUAUGAAGAGAAUAUCUGAAUAUGCAGCUGACAUUUUCUACAGUAGAUAUGGAGGAGGUCCAAGACUAACUGUGAAAGCCCUGUGUAAGGAAUGUGUGGUAGAACGUUGUCGUGUAUUGCGCCUGAAGAACCAGCUCAACGAAGAUUAUAAAACUGUUAAUAACCUGCUAAAAGCAGCAGUGAAGGGCACGGAUGGAUUUUGGGUGGGAAAAUCCUCCUUGCGGAGUUGGCGCCAGCUGGCUCUCGAACAGCUGGACGAGCAAGAUGGCGACACAGACCACAGCAAUGGAAAAAUGAAUGGCAGCACCUUGAAUAAAGAUGAAUCAAAGGAAGACAGAAAAGAAGAGGAGGAGGAAUUAAAUUUUAAUGAAGACAUUCUCUGUCCACAUGGCGAGUUAUGCAUAUCUGAAAAUGAAAGAAGGCUUGUUUCUAAGGAGGCUUGGAGCAAACUGCGGCAGUACUUUCCAAAGGCUCCUGAGUUUCCAAGUUACAAAGAAUGCUGUUCACAGUGCAAGAUUUUAGAAAGAGAAGGGGAAGAAAACGAAGCCUUACAUAAGAUGAUUGCGAACGAGCAAAAAACUUCUCUUCCGAAUUUGUUCCAGGAUAAAAACAGACCAUGUCUCAGUAACUGGCCAGAGGAUACGGAUGUCCUCUACAUUGUGUCGCAGUUCUUUGUAGAAGAGUGGCGGAAGUUUGUUAGAAAGCCUGCAAGAUGUAGUCCUGUGUCAUCAGUGGGAAAUAGCGCUCUUCUGUGUCCCCACGGGGGACUCAUGUUUACAUUUGCUUCCAUGACCAAAGAAGAUUCUAAACUUAUAGCUCUCAUAUGGCCCAGUGAGUGGCAAAUGAUGCAAAAGCUUUUCGUUGUGGAUCAUGUCAUUAAAAUCACAAGAAUUGAAGCGGAAGAUGUAAACCCCUCAGAAGCACAGUAUAUUUCUGAGCCUAAACUCUGUCCAGAAUGUAGAGAAGGCUUAUUGUGUCAGCAGCAGAGGGACCUACGUGAAUACACUCAAGCUACCAUCUAUGUCCAUAAGGUCGUGGAUAAUAAAAAGGUGAUGAAGGAUUCCGCUCCGGAGCUUAAUGUGAGUAGUUCUGAAACAGAGGAGGACAAGGAAGAAGCUAAACCAGAUGGAGAAAAAGAUCCAGAUUUUAAUCAAAGCAAUGGAGGAACAAAGCGGCAAAAGAUAUCCCAUCAAAAUUACAUAGCCUAUCAAAAGCAAGUUAUUCGGCGAAGUAUGCGGCAUAGGAAAGUUCGUGGUGAGAAAGCACUUCUUGUUUCUGCUAAUCAGACAUUAAAAGAAUUGAAAAUUCAGAUCAUGCAUGCAUUUUCAGUUGCUCCUUUUGACCAGAAUUUGUCAAUUGAUGGGAAGAUUUUAAGUGAUGACUGUGCCACCCUUGGCACCCUUGGCGUUAUUCCUGAAUCUGUCAUUUUACUAAAGGCCGAUGAACCAAUUGCAGAUUAUGCUGCAAUGGAUGAUGUCAUGCAAGUUUGUAUGCCAGAAGAAGGGUUUAAAGGUACUGGUCUACUUGGACAUUAAUCUGUGAAUACUUGCUGACUCCUAAGGAAUGACCGGAGGGGAAGAGGAGUUUGACAUGUUAGGGCAUUAAAGAAAAGGUGGAUUUAAGGAUUAAACCAUUACCGUGACUCUUCCAAAAGGCAAAAAUCCAUUCAAAAGUGACUGUCCCAAAUGCCUUAUGUCAAAUAAAGCAGAUUGCACUGAGGACAUCAGACUUGAAGGAAAUGUUUCCAAUUUUAUAUUUAAGGGGUGGAGGGAGGGAGAGGGCAAGUAAAGAUUGAACAAGUUUAGUAGCAGUAACAGUAAAUCAUGUUUACAUAUGAGAUUUAUAGUCAUGGGAGGGAAUAAAAUUCUGUUCUAUUUCCUUGCUCGAGUUUCAUACCAGAUGCAUUGGUCCGUAAGGAUUUGUAUCACAGUAGAUGAGACAACAUUCUGCUCUGAAUGAAAAAUAAUUCUUUAGAGACAUAACCUGCUUACCAAUACUUGUCUUUGAUUCAUAUAUUCUACUUUCAAUAAAGCAUGAAAGUGAAGAACUUG